AUGAGCCGCAAACGGGCGCCGUCCUGCGCCCACGAAGAAACGCUCGUGUGUCACCAGGGCGAGGUCCUCGCCUUCCGGUUGCGCCCGGCACACCCUGCGGCCGACGCGCCCGCGGCGCUGCACGUGCGCAGGAUGGCGUUCGACGCCGGCUCGGGAACCUUCGUGCCGAGAUCCGCGGCGACCUUCCGCUUCCGGGAAGAAGAAAACAUGUCCGCCUUGCAGGUGGCGCGUUGCGGCCGCGUGUCGGACUUCCGGGUCGGCCUCGAGCUCCCGUACGCGAUGAUGCGAACACGUGGCGACGGCAGCGCCGCCCUCCGCUUCCUGCUGCUGCUCCUGCACGCCGACGACACGUUCGAGACGCGCUUGAGCUUCACGCUCGACCGCGAGUUCGAGGACAGCGUCCGGGUCCUGGGCGGCCCGUCCGUGUUGUGGCGGCGCGGCGACGCGCUCUGCCUCCUGUCGUCCGCCAGCGCGCGCGUCGUCGGCGUCCCCGACGUCACCGCGCGCGUCCUGUGGGCGGGGGAGGUGGCGGACGUGGGCGCGGUGCUGCUGGGGCGCAGGGGCGACGGCGACUUGUGCUUCUACGCCCUGGACAGGCGGGAGACGCUGCGCGGCGCGUGCGCCGUCCCCGCCGCCUACCGCGACGUGACGCACGCGCGCGUCUGCGCGGCCGAGGUGCUCGGCGAUCGGCUGCGCGUGUCUCUGCUCGCGCUCACGGCGAGCGGCCGGCUGGUCUGGCUCCGCGACGGGGCCCCGACCAGGGUGUGCCGGCUUCCGCCCGGCCGCGCCCGCGCCGUGCAGCCCCUGGACGCCGGCGACGGAAAGCGCUUCUUCGUCGUGUCGCUGGACGCCGGCCAGGCGUGCGCCGUGUGCGGGAGCAGCUUCCAGGUCGCCGCGGCGUGGGGAGACGUCCACGCGGUGCUGGUCGACGACUUUGUGGGGCGCGGCACGGAGCAGGUGCUGCUGCUUCUCCGCAACGGCUCGAACUCAGACCGCCUGGCGUCGUUCGUGCUGACGGACCUCGGCGACAUCCACUACUCGUUUGUUGAUCGCACCAAGCUCGGCCUUGCCCAGAGAGAGUUUCACGGUAGUUUGUUGAUCGCUGGCAGUUUGUUGAUCGCACCGCAGUUUGUUGAUCGCUGGCAGUUUGUUGAUCGCACCGCAAGCGAAGCACCGGGCCUCGGGGAAGAGGACGGCGCGCGGGACAGUCGCCGCCUGCUGAUCCCGCCUCUGCGGGCAGCGCUCCAAGUUAGUGCCCGUCCGCCCGUCGGAAACUCCUUCGGCGCCAACUCGUCUUCCCGCUCCCAGGUCGGCGCGGCCGCGGUCGGGGGGCUGAGGCGGCAGCUCGCGCUCAAGGACAAGGUGCUCGCGAGGUCCUUCGCGGCGUUGCUGAGCCUCGUGCACGGCAAGGACGGCCGCGCGCCGCCGACGCAGCAGGAGGCUGGGCUCGUGCCGCUCUGGGGCGAAGACGAGCACCGUGUCCCGUCCUCGGAGCCGCGGGACCCGCCGGGCGGUUGCCGGGGCUGCACACGGCCCGUGGAGAAGACGUGGUACCGCGUCCUGGACGACAAGCUGGUGGUCGGCGUGCAGACCGCGCCGGCCUGGGAGGCGUCCGGCCGCGCCCUGACUUUAUCCCUGCUCGUGGAUCGAACCCACGGCGCCGGCUCCCGGCCCGUCCUCUGCCGCACCCGGCUGAUCCGGCUGAGCGCACGCUCCGGCCCGGCCGCACACGGGAUGCCGCCCCGCGCGGGAGGCGACGCCAGCGCGGCCACGUGGGCUUGUCCCGCUGAGCCGCAACAGACGUCGGACGGUCGGAGAGCGCCGGGGAGACGCAGCGCACGGCUGGUGACGGCGCUCACGUCACUUCCGCCGCUGCUGGCGCUGCGCCGGUGCCGCUGCACGCUGCUGCUGCACGUGGGCGAGGGCGGGCCCGACGACCGCGCCCGGGACCGGUACGUGCUGUGCGGCCGGCUGGGCCUGGACCUGGAAGACGUCGCGCACGGGACGCACGUGAUGACGUUCCCAGAGAAGACGCGUUUAGACGGCGUGGAGGACCUGGGCGCGCUGCUCGCGGCGACGCGCCGAUCCUGUUUCCGCGUCGCGUCGCCCGACUACGUCCUGAACGCGGUGCCCGAGUGGCUGUCGGACCGCAUGCAGUGUGACGUCGUCCCCGACUUUCCCGACCUGCGCUUCUGCCGGAGGCCCGGAAGCUUCUACGGGACCGUGUUCCGCUGGAGGCAAACGUCGCCGUUCCAGGGGCUGCUGACCGUCCAUUCCAGGAACCGCACGGUGCUGCUCCAGUGCCUCCACGACCUCGUCCGGCGCCUCCCCGUGCGCACUUUCCUCGGGCGCGUCGACUCGGAGCGCGACGAUGAGCUCGUCAUCAACCGCCUGGCCUGGACCGUCGAGCAGGAGCUGCGCGCGCUCGACGCGCUCCCGCCCGUCCUGGCCCGGCUGGAAGGCGACUUCCUGCGGAGCUGCGAGGACCCAGAGCGCGACGUGUAUCUCUGCCGGAGAGAACUCCGGAGAACACCCGGAACGUUCCGGAACGCGGACGGGGGCCCUUGGUUCAGAAACAUGCUCCUCCAGGCGGCGCGGUGGCAGCUGCAGUCGGACCUCGCGGCGCAGAAACUGACGCACGCGUAA